UCAUCACACGUCCAGACGCCACACAGGAGGCAAGAUCUUGCCUGUGCCAGUGUGUUUGCCAACAUGGCCCCCAAAAAGAAGACUGUCAGAAAGAGCAAAGGAGAUAUCAAUGAGAUGACCAUAAUUGUAGAAGAUAGCCCCCUAAACAAACUAAAUACUUUGAAUGGGCUCCUAGAGGGAGGCAAUGGCCUUAGCUGUAUUUCUUCUGAAUUAACAGAUGCUUCUUAUGGCCCCAACCUCUUGGAAGGCUUAAGUAAAAUGAGGCAGGAGAACUUCCUUUGCGACCUAGUCAUUGGCACCAAAACAAAGUCCUUUGAUGUUCACAAGUCAGUGAUGGCUUCGUGCAGUGAAUACUUUUACAACAUCCUAAAAAAAGACCCAUCUACCCAAAGGGUGGAUCUCAAUGAUAUCUCACCGCUGGGCCUGGCUACUGUCAUCACAUACGCCUACACCGGAAAGCUGACGCUCUCUUUGUAUACAAUAGGAAGCAUUAUUUCUGCUGCUGUCUAUCUUCAGAUCCAUACCCUUGUAAAGAUGUGCAGUGAUUUUCUGAUCCGAGAGAUGAGUGUUGAGAAUUGCAUGUACAUUGCUAACAUUGCUGAAACAUACUCCCUGAAAAAUGCUAAAGCAGCCGCCCAAAAAUUUAUCCGGGAUAACUUCCUUGAAUUUUCAGAAUCCGAUCAGUUUCUGAAACUUACAUUUGAGCAAAUUAAUGAACUUCUUAUAGAUGAUGACUUACAGUUGCCUUCUGAAAUAGUAGCAUUCCAGAUUGCAAUGAAAUGGUUAGAAUUUGACCAAAAGAGAGUGAAAUACGCUGCAGAUCUUCUGAGCAAUAUCCGCUUUGGUACCAUCUCUGCACAAGACCUGGUCAAUUAUGUUCAGUCUGUACCAAGAAUGAUGCAAGAUGCUGAUUGCCACAAACUUCUUGUAGAUGCUAUGAAUUACCACUUACUUCCAUAUCAUCAAAACACAUUGCAGUCUAGGCGCACGAGAAUCCGCGGGGGCUGUCGAGUCCUUGUCACUGUUGGGGGACGUCCAGGCCUUACUGAGAAGUCCCUUAGUAGAGACAUCCUGUACAGAGACCCUGAAAACGGAUGGAGCAAGCUGACAGAAAUGCCAGCCAAGAGUUUUAAUCAGUGUGUGGCUGUGAUGGACGGAUUUCUUUAUGUGGCCGGUGGUGAAGACCAGAAUGAUGCAAGAAAUCAAGCCAAGCAUGCAGUCAGCAAUUUUUGCAGAUACGAUCCCCGCUUCAACACCUGGAUACACCUGGCCAACAUGAACCAGAAGCGCACGCACUUCAGCCUGAGCGUGUUCAACGGGCUCCUUUACGCCGUGGGCGGCCGCAAUACCGAGGGCAGCCUGGCCUCGCUCGAGUGCUAUGUGCCCUCCACCAAUCAGUGGCAGCCCAAGACGCCCCUGGAGGUGGCGCGCUGCUGCCACGCCAGCGCGGUCACCGACGGCCGCGUACUGGUGACCGGCGGGUACAUCGGCAGCGCGUACUCGCGCUCCGUGUGCGCGUACGACCCGACCGGCGACUCAUGGCAGGAGCUGCCGGGCUUGAGCACGCCCCGAGGCUGGCACUGCGCGGUCACGCUGGGCGACAGGGUGUACGUGAUGGGGGGCAGCCAGCUGGGGCCGCGCGGGGAACGCGUGGACGUGCUGACCGUGGAGUGCUACAGCCCGGCCACCGGCCAGUGGAGCUUCGCGGCGCCGCUGCUGGUGGGCGUGAGUACUGCGGGCGCCUCGGCGCUGCACGGCCGCGCCUACCUGCUGGGGGGCUGGAACGAGGGCGAGAAGAAGUACAAGAAGUGCAUCCAGUGCUUCAGCCCGGAGCUCAACCAGUGGACCGAGGACGACGAGUUGCCCGAGGCCACCGUGGGCGUGUCCUGCUGCACCCUCUCGAUGCCCAACAGCGUGACCCGGGAAUCCCGAGCCAGCUCGGUGUCCUCGGUGCCAGUCAGUAUCUGAACCCAGGUAGAUGCGGGGACGCAGGAAGGGCAAAUAGGUGUUCCUGGGUUACCUUUGGGUUAGCGAAAAGGAAAAUAUAUAACAUUUACUACAGUGAUUGUAUCUUACACUAUAUCGAGGCGUAUGUCUUGGUAGUUUUAAAAUUCCUGGUAUGGCGGGCGUAAUCUACCUCUGUGUCUUUUAUUUAUUUAUUUUUUCUUUUUUUUAAAGCCGAAUACAGGGCCCUGGCCAACAAAGAAAACAAAGCAUUUAUUUCAGCGGCCACUGGGUGGCAGACAGAAUUCGUUGUAGGCACUCUUCCACCGGGGCAUGUUCCCUUCAUGGAUAGCGGUUACACCCACAUUUGAGAUUUUUCUUCUACCCUUUAGUACACAUGAAGCAUAUGUGAGUAAGCAAUUUCAUGCCCGAAAGUUUAUCUUCUUCUCUCGUCUUUUUCUUUAGGAAGUUAAAAGUAUUUAUUUAUAGCUUUUAUUUUAAAAUGGAAGUCCAUCUAUAUCCGUAAAGACUUAAUUCUACAUUUAAAUGCAGUUUCUUUUUCUAUACAUGACAGAGUAAAGAAUACUGAAAGGCGUCCCAUGAUAGUCAUAAAGCUUAAAACAAAGUUUGACUGGAAACUAACAGGGAUUCCACCCUGGAACUGUCACACUGAUCCCUUUGGUUUAUCCCUUAUUCUCUUCCUCUGUGCCUCAGUCCCCCAGGGUAUUUGCUAUGGAAAAAUACUGCUCUCAAAGAAGGAACUACUAGUCAUUUAGCUUAUGGUGUAAAUUUAGGUCAUUUUGUUGUUUCUCCUAGAAGUAUCUGCACUUUAACCUUAGUCCCCUAUUAAAGGAAUCGUGAGUAUCAUGGGAGCCUUACCCUGACCCUAAAAACUACGCCAAAAUGCAACCUUGACCCUAAUAUAAGCCCCAGGAAGAACACCAAAUAAGACUAUGGCCAUAAGGACCAUUAACUUAAAGUUUAGCCCAAAGGUUAUGCAGCUGAUAACAAUAAUUUGAUUUCCCCCAUUUUUUAUAUGGAUGAGAAUGAAGAGAACAUUUGGAAUUCUUGGGUUUGGCAAUAACAGGAUAAACGGCUUCUCCUGUUGGUAAAUGUCACUGUUUCCAAUUUCAUAGCAAUCCUCCUGAUUUCUUAAUUAAAACUCUAACACAUUCAUUUCACAUGGAAAUAUCAGUGCCCAUUCUGUUCUAUAUGUUUUAACGUC